AAUCUGCUCGCUCCGCAAGUCCGCGUCUUUCGCGCUAUUCAUGCAUAAGUGAAAACAGAUCUCACCGCGCGAACGUGCGCUGCCAUAAUGCCUCGAGCAAUAAGUCCACACGUAAUUCAAAUCCUACGUACAUCGUCAUUUACAUUAUGAUAAUGGCUGAACGAUAAAGCUGCUUCGCCGGACACCGAGCUUGCGCUGAAUUUUCGCUUAAAUAGCCAAAGCGCGGCGAAAGUGUUUUCAUAAGGCCGGACAUCGUUGCGGCAACGAAAAGUGCAAAAAAUAAAUAAAUAAAUAAAUAAGUACAGAAAUGAAUGGAAAUCUGUGUCCAGUGCUUGUGAUCGUCGCGGUCGCGUUUGUUAACUUUUCGAGUGCCGCCGAUUACUGCAAUAUUAAGAGCUGCAAUGGUAAAGCUCACACUGCUUGCACCUACCAAUCAACGAAGCCAUCGAGUCGCUGCGGAGCAUAUCAAGGAUCUGGAUUGACGCAACUGGAAAGAACGAACAUCCUGAACUUACACAAUCAACUGAGGCGAAAAGUGGCCAGUGGAAAUGAAAAACGCGGAAAACCGGGACCUCAACCAGCUGCGAAGUCUAUGCCGAAAAUGGAAUGGGACAAUGAACUGGCUACAGUAGCUCAACGAUGGGCCAAUCAGUGCACAUGGGGACACGAUUCGUGCCGAGAUGUUCCACGAUUCAAAGUUGGCCAAAAUAUUGCCUACAAAGGCACUACGGGAUCUGUUUCAAGCAUUAACGUUCUAACAAUGGUCAACACCUGGUACAACGAGGUCAAAGAUUUCAACAAAAAUGAAGUUAAAAGCUUCAACAAUGGCAAUGGCCCAAUGAUCGGUCACUACACGCAGAUGCUUUGGGCUAACAGUACCAAACUAGGCUGCGGUGCUAUGAAGUACAAGGUUGGAAAGUUCAACAAAUUUUAUUUGGUCUGCAACUAUGGGCCGGCUGGUAACACCUGGAAUCAACCCGUCUAUCAAACCCUAUAUUUUAAGUAUAUUAGUAUUAGUGAUUAUGCCAUCCCUAUGUACAGGCAACUGUGUGCAAAAAUGGUAAGAAAAGGGCUGGUGCAGCUGUUUGUGAUUGUCCUUGUGCUUGUCGGUUUUUCGAGAGCCGAAAUUAACGAGUAUUGCAAGCUUCGGACCUGUCGGGGACUGCCGCAUACAGCUUGCACGUACUCAUCUGCACUAUCGUCUUUCUUUUCCGGCCGCAGCAAGAAUAUAAUAAAGUCAGGCCUCACGAAUGAAGAAAAGCAGAAAGUCGUAGACUUGCACAACGAAUUACGGCAAAAAGUAGCAAAGGGUCAGGAGACAAAAGGAAGUCCUGGACCGCAACCUCCGGCAAAGCAUAUGCCCGAUCUUGAGUGGGAUGACGAGUUGGCUAAUCUAGCUCAAAAGUGGGCCAAUCAGUGCAAAUUUGCUCAUGACACUUGCAGAGACGUCAAGCGAUUCAAAGUCGGACAAAACAUUGCAACUAUUGGCACCACAGGAGACGUAGACAGCCUGAAACUUGAAGAUUUGGUUCUCAUGUGGUACAACGAAGUUGAACAUUUCGACAAGAACAACGUCGGUCGAUUCAGCGGUCGAGGUGCUAACGGCAACGCAGUUGGCCAUUACACCCAAAUCCUUUGGGCCCAAACUACGAAGAUCGGUUGCGGAGCAGUCAAGUACAAAGACGGCGAUUUCAAUAGAUUCUUCCUCGUUUGCAAUUACGGACCUGCUGGAAAUUACAUCGGUGAGCCGAUGUACGAAACUGAGUGAAAACAAAACUAUUGCUAUAGCUGCCCAGUUAAGAUAUUCUUAAAAGAUGUAAACGAACAAAUAAAAGUAUUUAUUUUUGCAUAAGA